UCCAAGAUGACAAAUCGUCGCAUGAGUCGAGUAUAAAACCUUCACCGGCUAGUUCAGCCACCUACUAUAGCGCCCCCCUUAUACAUGACAGCCAAACCACCACACCAUAGAUUCUAGAUAAUUUACCUCCUCUGACAAGUCUUUACUCACUACUCAACACAAUGGGUGUCCCUGAAACCUUCAAAGCUGCCGUCGUGCCGGAGCCCGGCGCCCAGCACGUCGUCGCGGACCGCUCCCUGCCCGCACUGGAGGCCGGCGAGGUCGCCAUCAAGGUCACAGCCACCGCGAUCAACCCCGUUGACUGGAAGAUCCGCGACUAUAAGGUCUUCAUCAAGGACUACCCCGCCGUCCUGGGCAGCGACGCAGCAGGCGAGAUCGCCGCCGUGGGCUCGGGCGUGACCGACUUCAAGGAGGGCGACCGCGUCUUCUUCCAGGGUAUUAUCGGCAGAUAUGACUCCGCCACCUUCCAGCAGUACGUCAAGAUGCCCGCCGAGCUCGUCGCCAAGACGCCCAAGAGCAUCUCGGACGACCAGGCCGGCGGCGUCUCGCUCGCCACCGUCGCCGUCGUGACCGGCUUCUACGACAAGAGCGGCCACGGGCUGACCGCCCCCUGGGCCGAGGGCGGCGAGCAGGCCGGCAAGGGCAAGGGCGUCGUGAUCCUGGGCGGCAGCUCCUCGGUCGGCCAGUACGCGGUGCAGCUGGCCAAGAUCUCCGGGUUCGACAGGGUCGUGACCAACGCCAGCGCCAGGCACCUGGACCACGUCAAGGCCCUGGGCGCCGACGUCGUGCUCGACCGCUCGGCCCAGAACAGCGAGGAGGACUUCAAGGCCGCGCUGGGCGGCGUGCCCCUCGCGUUCGUGUUCGACGCCAUCUCCGAGAAGGACACCCAGGUCCUGGGCGUCAAGAUCCUCGCCGCCACCAAGACGGAGGGCAGCCACGUCGUCACCGUGCAGGGCGUCAACGCCGAGGCUUCGGAGCUGGGCCAGUCGCUGGAGCCAAAGGCCGCCGUCAAGCAGGUCAUGGGCCUCGGGAGCGCGCCCCACCUGCGCCAUCUGUCUGAGCCGAUGUGCAAGCACCUCGGCGGUGAGGAUGGGUACAUUGCUAAGGGCCGUUUUGUGCCAAAUAGGCCUCUUGUCAUCAGCGGUGGCUUGGCCAACAUCGAGGAGGCGCUCUCCAAGAACAAGAAGGGAGUCUCGGGGGAGAAGGUCAUCAUCCGCCCUUUUGAUGCUUAAUCUUGCGUAUGCUCCAAAUACUCCAAGCACGCAAUCAAAGGAAAGCACUGAAAAAUUACGGGGUGGCAGAACAAGCGACAAAUGGAUGAGCAUACCUCGAAAGUAAAAUAAAUUAUUGAGCGAGUUGAAUUUGAAGAAUAUGGACCAUUAGUAUUCACACCCAUUAGGUUCCUCUAUUAAGGUGGAACUUUUUGCUGAGGCUAGCCCCAUCCCGAGGUUGGUCGAAAUAUCAAGCAUACCUAGGUAUGCCUGCAAGUGCCUGUCGUGCAAAGGCCAACGAUGUCCAUUACCGAACAACAAUGUUGCGGAUCGAUUGGCUGCUCUGCACGAGUGACGGAGCGUCAUUGGCAUUGCAUUGUAUCAUUUGUAAACGCUGGGUCUUGAGCGUUUACCACUGUAUGAACGCGUCGUGUAUGUCCACGGACGUAUGCGGAAUAGAAGCCAAACCAGUCAAGCAGGACAGCCCUCAUGUGGACGACCUCCACUACAACAGGUUGAACGACCCGGAAUGCUUCGGGCGAAUGAUCGUGGGGUUGGAACCAUCUGGUCGGUGAAAAGACGAUGCCUCGUGGUACUGUUUCCCGCAGGACAGACUGGUAUGCCACAGGAGAGGAUGUCAUCAGAAGAUGUACCACCGGUGACUGUUGUAGGUGAGCUAGUGGGAAGCUGUCCUUAGUCAGAACUCAGAAGGCUAUCCUGGCACAUGUUGACGGCCGUGGCCAGUUAUUCCACCGCCAGCACCUUGGCGAAAGCGGGGCCGGCCAUUACAACGGCCCCCGUGCCUAAGCUCUGGCCGGAUUACGGAUGGCCAACUGGGUUUUGUGUAUCACACAUAACGUUGACGCUGUGGUGUGCCUCGAAGAAAAUAGAAAGCUUAUCGCAUGAAUUGUUGGCCUCAGCGCCAUCGGAACAUCCGUUCAUUGUGGCCGAGUCACAGGGUUCUCAC